CACCUCGCUGGCUCAUUUAAUUCUCACAACACCUGUUUUAGUAGAUGUGCCUGUCAUCCCAUUUUGCAGAGGAGAGAACUGAGGCUUAAAGAGGUAAAUUCACACAGCUAGUGAGGACUCUGGAUUUUAAUGCUUGCAGCCUGACUCCUCCCUGUCACUGGCAUACUGGAACUUUGGCUGUGACUUCCCCUCUAACUGGAUUGGGGGAAGGCAGGAAAAAUCCUGACCCUCUCUCACAGAGCCUCAGCCAGUGAUACUGCUUCCUGGAUGAGAAGGACAGCCCUGAGCCCGCAGCAAAGCCAGCCCCGCAGCCACGGCCCUCCAGCCUCCUCACAGCUCCCCAGCACUCCAGACCUGCCGGCCUGUAGGACUGAAGUGCUCCCGACACGGAAACUCAGACCCAGAAUCUUCACCCAGAGUCUCCUGGUCCCUGCGGCCCGCGACCUCGGGCACACGGGGCUGCCGCCGAGGUCUCUUUUCCCUCGCAGCCCUCCCCCGCCCCGCGAGGCGCCUGCCGGCCCGCAUGUCGGCCGCGGGGCCCGGCCCCUCCCAGGGGCCCCCGGCGGGGCCGGCCAGCGAGCCGGGAGAGAUCCACAACUGGACGGAGCUGCUCUACUUCUUCAACCACACGCUGCCCGAGUGCCACGUGGAGCUCAGCGAGAACACCAAGCGGGUGGCGCUCUUCGUGCUCUACCUGGCCGUGUUCGUGGUCGGGCUGGUGGAGAACCUGCUGGUGAUCUGCGUGCACUGGCGCCGCGCGGGCCGCGCGGGGCUGCUGCGCCUCUACGUCCUCAACAUGGCGGCCGCCGACCUGGGCACCGUGCUGUCCCUGCCCGUGUGGAUGCUGGAGGUCACGCUGGACUACACCUGGCUCUGGGGCAGCUUCUCCUGCCGCUUCGCCCACUACUGCUACUUCGUCAGCAUGUACAGCAGCGUCUUCUUCCUGGUGUGCCUCAGCGUCGACCGCUACGUCACGCUCACCGGCGCCUCGCCCUCCUGGCAGCGCCACCAGCACCGCGGGCGGCGGGCCGUGUGCGCGGCCGUCUGGGUCCUCUCGGCCCUCGUCCCGCUGCCCGAGGUGGUCCACAUCCGGCUGGUGGACGGCUUUGAGCCCAUGUGCCUCUUCGUGGCGCCUUUCGAAACGUACAGCACGUGGGCGCUGGUGGUGUCCCUGUCCACCACCAUCCUGGGCUUCCUGCUGCCCUUCCCUCUCAUUGCCGUCUUCAACGUGCUGACGGCCUGCCGCCUGCGGCGGGCGGGGCGGCCCGAGGGCCGGCGCCACUGCCUGCUGUUGUGUGCCUACAUAGCCGUCUUCGCCAUCUGCUGGCUGCCCUACCAUGUGACCCUGCUGCUGAUCACACUGCACGGGACCCACAUCUCCCUCCACUGCUACCUGGCCCACCUGCUCUACUUCUUCUACGACAUCAUCGACUGCUUCUCCAUGCUCCACUGCGUCGUCAACCCCAUCCUUUACAACUUUCUCAGCCCGGGCUUCCAGGAUCGGCUGCUGAAAGCUGUGGUCCAUUACCUUCCCAAGGCCCAGGCCAGGGAGGGCAGACGUGCCUCCUCCUCCUCCUCCUCCUCCUCCUCCACCCAGCAUUCCAUCAUCAUCACCAAGGAAGGCAUCCAUCCCCCUGCAGCGGGCCCUCACCUCCACCCGAGCCUGAACUUCCAGGCACCAAAUACCCCACCCACCUCCGCUCCUCAGUCUCUCAUAGCCAGCUGAGGAGGAUUCCAGUCUCCUCCACCAGCGAAGCAGAAAGCUGGAAGAGGAGGUGAGAGACUUUGGGGGAGCACGGGAGAGGGUCAGAGCACUCAUGGCCAAUUCUGGGUAUAUCUUAAAAUACUGAGGUGGGGAGGUGGGGAGUUGGGGAUGGGGAGAGGGGACAGGGAGGGACAGGGAGCAGGUCCUUGUGUUGUGAUAUUUGACCUGGUCCUGGUGUCUAAGGGAGACACGCAGGGGAAAGGGUGAAAUAAAGAUUAGAGACAGCCACGAC